AUGAUCUACAAAUACACUCAAAUCACAAAGGCAUUGGAUGGUCAUCUCCUUCAGCUUAAGGUCCUGGUGGUGGUGAGCCUGGCGACGUGCCUCUUGGGGGCUAAACUACCCUAUUCAGCCUCAUCUGAGGAAGACAGCGCCACUCAGAUCUUGAGUCGCACUGUCUCCGUGAAGACCCCCGAGAGGAAAUCCAGUGUUAUCUCACACUUCCUGCCUGCCGAUCACAUAUAUGAAGCUACGGGAUCUGUCAGCAUCAGUAAAGGCCCUUCUUCCUCUAGAGCUGCUACCCCCGCCCCUGCACCUAUCAGUGCACCAGUUGCCAAAGUUCCAGCCGCUCCAGCACCCAAAAGCCCUGUAUCCAUUGCACGCACUGUGAGUGUAAAAACUCCUGAGAGAAAAUCAAGUGUCAUCUCUCACUUCACUCCUGCUGACCACCGUUAUGAAGCCACUGGAAGUGUAGUGAUUAACACAGGCUCUUCUGGCCCAGCAAAAUCACGACCAGCACCGGUGCCUGCGCCAGCUCCACCACGUGUUGUUGCUUCUCCUCCACCAGCCCCUGUCGUUCCUUCCCCCUCAUCAGCUGCUAAGCUAUCUCUAUCCCGUACUGUUUCUGUCAAGACUCCUGUAAGGAAAUCUAGUGUUAUCUCUCACUUCACACCUGCUGACCACCGUUAUGAGGCUACAGGAUCUGUUGUCAUCAAUCAGUCUUCUGGAUCACCUGCUCGAGUGCAAAAGGUAGCAGCACCUGCUCCUGCCCCGGUUCGGCCAGCUCCCAUUCCUGCUCCUGCUCCUGCCCCUGCACGUGCUGCCCCUGCCCCUGCACGUGCUGUCCCUGCUACAAGUUCAGGCUCUAAGUUGGCUCUCAGCCGCACAGUGUCUGUUAAGACUCCUGAAAGAAAAUCAAGUGUUAUCUCUCACUUUACACCUGCUGAUCACCGCUAUGAGGCUACAGGAUCUGUUGUUAUCAAUCAGUCUUCUGGAUCAUCAGCUGCUCGUGUGCAGAAGGUAGCAGCACCUGCUCCUGCUCCAGUUCGACCUGCUCCCAUUCCUGCUCCUGCUCCUGCACGUGCUGCCCCUGCCCCUGCACGUGCUGCCCCUGCUAUAAGUUCAGGCUCUAAGUUGGCUCUCAGCCGUACAGUGUCUGUUAAGACUCCUGAAAGAAAAUCAAGUGUUAUCUCUCACUUUACACCUGCUGAUCACCGCUAUGAGGCUACAGGAUCUGUUGUCAUCAAUCAGUCUUCUGGAUCAGCGGCUCGUGUGCAGAAGGUAGCAGCACCUGCUCCUGCUCCAGUUCGACCUGCUCCCAUUCCUGCUCCUGCCCCUGCACGUGCUGCCCCUGCCCCUGCACGUGCUGCCCCUGCUAUAAAUUCAGGCUCUAAGUUGGCUCUCAGCCGUACAGUGUCUGUUAAGACUCCUGAAAGAAAAUCAAGUGUUAUCUCUCACUUUACACCUGCUGAUCACCGCUAUGAGGCUACAGGAUCUGUUGUUAUCAAUCAGUCUUCUGGAUCAUCAGCUGCUCGUGUGCAGAAGGUAGCAGCACCUGCUCCUGCUCCAGUUCGACCUGCUCCCAUUCCUGCUCCUGCUCCUGCACGUGCUGCCCCUGCCCCUGCACGUGCUGCCCCUGCUAUAAGUUCAAGCUCUAAGUUGGCUCUCAGCCGCACAGUCUCUGUUAAGACUCCUGAAAGAAAAUCAAGUGUUAUCUCUCACUUUACACCUGCUGAUCACCGCUAUGAGGCUACAGGAUCUGUUGUCAUCAAUCAGUCUUCUGGAUCAGCUGCUCGUGUGCAGAAGGUAGCUGCACCUGCUCCUGCUCCAGUUCGACCUGCUCCCAUUCCUGCUCCUGCCCCUGCACGUGCUGCCCCUGCCCCUGCACGUGCUGCCCCUGCUAUAAAUUCAGGCUCUAAGUUGGCUCUCAGCCGUACAGUGUCUGUUAAGACUCCUGAAAGAAUAUCAAGUGUUAUCUCUCACUUUACACCUGCUGAUCACCGCUAUGAGGCUACAGGAUCUGUUGUUAUCAAUCAGUCUUCUGGAUCAUCAGCUGCUCGUGUGCAGAAGGUAGCAGCACCUGCUCCUGCUCCAGUUCGACCUGCUCCCAUUCCUGCUCCCAUUCCUGCUCCUGCACGUGCUGCCCCUGCCCCUGCACGUGCUGCCCCUGCUAUAAGUUCAAGCUCUAAGUUGGCUCUCAGCCGCACAGUGUCUGUUAAGACUCCUGAAAGAAAAUCAAGUGUUAUCUCUCACUUUACACCUGCUGAUCACCGCUAUGAGGCUACAGGAUCUGUUGUGAUCAAUCAGUCAUCUGGAUCAUCGCAAGCAAGAAAGACUUCAUCCUCUGCUGCCCAAGUGCAGAAGGUAGCAAUUCCAGCUCAAGCUCCUGCUCCUGCACCAGUUAGACCUGCCCCUUCUGCUUCUGCACAAGCUGCCUCUGCUGCGGGUUCAUCAGCUUCUAAGCUCUCUCUAACUCGCACUGUCUCUGUUAAGACCCCUGAAAGAAAAUCAAGUGUCAUCUCUCAUUUUACACCUGCAGAGCAUCAGUAUGAGGCCACUGGAUCAGUUAUCAUUAACCAGGCUUCUGGUUCCUCACAGGCUAGAAAGACCUCCUCUUCCUCAGCAGCAGCAGCAGCAGCAGUUCGUGCUCAGCAAGAAGCAGAGGCUGCUCGUGCCCAGCAGGCAGCAGCAGCAGCUGCUCGUGCCCAGCAGGCGGCAGAAGCUGCUCGUGCCCAGCAGGCGGCAGAAGCUGCUCGUGCCCAGCAGGCGGCAGAAGCUGCUCGUGCUCAGCAGGCAGCAGCAGCAGCUGCUCGUGCCCAGCAGGCGGCAGAAGCUGCUCGAGCUCAGCAGGCAGCAGCAGCAGCUUCUUCUGCCUCAAAGUUAUCACUAACUCGCACUGUCUCUGUCACGACACCUGAAAGAGAGUCUAGUGUCAUCUCUCAUUUUACACCUGAAGAUCAUCGUUAUGAAGCCACAGGUUCAGUUGUCAUUAACCAGGGUUCUGCUGGCUCCUCACGAAAAACCUCAAGUGCCUCAUUUAGCAGUCAAGGUGCAUCAUCAGUGAGCUCUAGUGCUACUGGGCAAUCAUCUUCAUCUUCCAGUGGCAGUGGACUGGCAUCUUCCAGUGGCAGUGGACUGGCAUCUUCCAGUGCCAGUGGAUUUUCGUCUUCAGCUGGUGCCAGUAGACUGGUAUCCUCUUCCAGUGGCAGCGGCCUGUCUUCCUCAGCGAGCAGUAGGAAACAAGCAUCCCAGUCUUCUUCCAGGUUUUCUUCAUCCUCGGCUUCAUCAGGAUCCUCUUCUGCUGCCUCAUCCUCCAGUUCUUCCUCAGCAGGAUCUCGCUCACAUUCAUACCGCCUCGCAGAGCCCUUUCGAGGUGGGAGUUCCUUCUCAUCAGCUGACCUGAUGGAAGAAAUGUUGGCUUUCCGGGCAGAAGCAGCAAAGUCUGGUGUAGCUUACCCUGAGUUUAGAGAUACCGGCGAUGGCAGCGGCUCUGACCCCUACGCCUUCAACGUCCGAGUGGAAGACCACGAGAAUACGAAUUACCAGAGUCGAGAUGAAUGGGUUGGGGAAGACGGCAUAACCCGCGGCUGGUAUACCGUGCUGAUGCCCGAUGCCUUCUUCUAUAACUACUCCUACAUUGCCCACCCCAUUAAAGGUUAUCAGGUUACAGUCAGCAAGACGGAUUCGGGCAUCGACAUGAAGGACGUCGAAGCCGACAUCUUCGCUCCAGCCACCGUCUUCUCGAACCAGGGCAUCACCAGGUUCUCUGACUUCGCCAUCUCCGGUGUAAACAACCAAGACGAUGGACCCAACCUUAACAUGGAGUUCGACGUGAACUCGGCCGCGCUUUUCGCCCAGUCCAUGGCGGAAGCGAUGCAGAAUCCCCGGUCAUCGUCGUCUAGCUCAAGGCCAGUAGAGGUGCAUGGGCCACCUGCCCAUAUCAACGGGUUUGCGUUCGUUAGUGACCACGGCUCUUCGGGAUCCUCCUCCGGUAGCAGGUUCGUUGGCUCAAGCAGUGCCUCAUCUGGGUCCUCCUCCGGCAGCAGCUUUACUGGCUCACGCGGUGUCUCAUCUGGGUCCUCCUCCGGCAGCAGCUUCACUGGUUCAAGCGGUAUCUCAUCUGGGUCCUCCUCCGGCAGCAGCUUCACUGGUUCAAGCGGUAUCUCAUCUGGGUCCUCCUCCGGCAGCAGCUUCACUGGCUCAAGCGGUAUCUCAUCUGGGUCCUCCUCCGGCAGCAGCUUCACUGGCUCAAGCGGUGUCUCAUCGGGCUCUUCAAGCCAUAGGUUUGGUUCUUCAAGUUCAUCGUCAGAUAGCUCUUCCUCCUCUGUGAGUGGUGCCUCAUCGUCCUUCUCAGGAGGUCAGUCAUUUUCCGGUUCAUUCUCCGGAUCAUCUUCGUCGGGAGCAUCUGCUGAAGAGACUCAGAUUAGUCAGUCUAGUUCUGGCAUCUCGGGUGCAUCAACAGGAUCGGCAGGUUCCAAGUUAUCUCUCACCCGCACAGUAUCAGUCAAGACUCCCCAAAGAACUUCUGGAGUCAUUUCCCACUUCACACCUAAGGACCAUCAGUAUGAGGCCACUGGAUCAGUAGUCAUCAACCAGGCUUCCAAAGCAUCAUCAUCCUCUGCGGCACGUGUCCAGAAAGUAGCAGUACCAGCUCCUGCUCCAGUUCGCCUUGCUCCUGCCCCUGCUCCUGCGCGAGCUGCCUCAGCUGCAGCUUCUUCUACCUCCAAUCUUUCUCUUAGUCGCACCGUCUCUGUUAAGACCCCAGUAAGAGAAUCAAGUGUCAUCUCGCACUUUACACCUGCAGACCAUCGCUAUGAAGCCACUGGAUCUGUUGUUAUCAACCAGGCUUCAGGGUCAUCACGAGCAACCCAGGCAUCAUCUGCUGCUCGAGUCCAGAAGGUAUCAGCACCUGCUCCUGCACCAGUUCAACCUGCUCCUGCUCGGCCUGCUCCGGUUCCUGCACCUGCACGGGCUGCCUCAUCUGCAGCUGGUGCCUCUAAGCUCUCUCUCACCCGCACUGUCUCUGUUAAGACCCCAGUAAGAGAAUCAAGUGUCAUCUCUCACUUCACACCUGCAGACCACCGCUAUGAAGCCACUGGAUCUGUUGUGAUCAAUCAGUCAUCUGGAUCAUCACAAGCAAGAAAGACUUCAUCCUCUGCUGCUCGAGUCCAGAAGGUAUCAGCUCCUGCGCCAGUUCAACCUGUUCCUGUUCGGCCUGCUCCUGCUCGGCCUGCUCCAGCUCCGGCACCUGCAAGGGCUGUCUCAUCUGCAGCUGGUGCCUCUAAGCUCUCUCUCACCCGCACUGUCUCUGUCAAGACUCCAGAGAGAAAAUCAAGUGUCAUCUCUCACUUCACACCUGCAGACCACCGCUAUGAAGCCACUGGAUCUGUUGUGAUCAAUCAGUCGUCCUCACAAACAAGAAAGACUUCAUCCUCUGCUGCCCAAGUCCAAAGGGUACCAGCACCUGCUCCUGCUCCUGCUCGACCAGCACCUCUCCCUGUUCGUGCCCCUGCCCCUGCUCCCGCACGCCCCAUCCCUGCUGUAGCUCCUUCCGACGCCAAAUUAUCUCUCACCCGCACUAUUUCGGUCAAAACUCCCGAAAGGAAAUCCAGCGUUAUUUCCCACUUCACGCCCGCCGAUCACCGCUACGAAGCCUCAGGAUCCGUCACCAUCAACAAGUCUUCCGUCGGAGCCACCCGCCCCGUAACCCCGAGCGCCAGAGUGGUUCCCAGCGCCCCUGCAGCACCCGCCCCUGCAGCACCCGCCCCUGCACGACCAGCCCCAGCAGCCUCGCCCAAACCAGCGGCAGCCUCUCUCACCCGCACAAUCUCCGUGAAAACCCCCGAGAGAAAGUCGAACGUGAUCUCCUUCUUCGUCCCCGCGGACCACAGCUACGACGCGACCGGCUCCGUCACCAUCAACAAAUCAUCCUAAUCUACGUAAACACGAAGCGCCUUGCGAACGAAGCAAAACUUUUAACACGUGGUGGAUGAUGGGCUAAGCUUUGUCAUUACGACAGAAAAAGAAAAAAAAAUGAAAUACAAAAAAUUGAAGCAGGGUGAAUACUUUGUAUAGGGUGCGACUGUUCUUAACAGGGUAACUUUUUAUAUUUCUUACUUAACUAAGUAUUUAUGUAAUUUAUUAUGCAAAUUAACUUUAUCUGAGACACCGUUGCCUAUAAUGCUACAAAGGCUGUAAAUUAUCUUCACGAUGAAAUGACAGUGGUGAAAGUAAGAGUUCUUAUAUAAAAAUAUAUAUUUAUUGAUAAAUGUAUACGCCAACCAAUCGACGAUGAAAAAUAAAACAGACUCUGAUGUA